UCAACCCGCGGAGAGAGACUUUUCUUUCUUCUGUGACUUGAUGAUAUUUUGUUUCCAAAUUCUGAUUCCAAUUAAUGUGUGUGGUUUCCUUUUAACAAAUUUGUGGUAUCAACUUUUAAAACUAAUUUCUCUCUCCCCUUUGAGAAUGAUGAUCAAAUUGGAUCACAGAUUGCUUUCAAAGGUUUGUUCUUGGUGUCGGUGGUUGAAACUUGAUACUGUAUCAUGAUCAAAGUUUCUAUGCAUCUUGUAUAUGUGUUUGUUUUUGGCUAAGUUGGUCUAUGUAUGAGGUCAUAAUCGUCAAAAUAGGUUUGAACUUUGAACUAUAGCUCUAACUUAUCAGCUGCAUCAAACUGUUCUACUCAUGUUAUAGCUACCCUGCUUCCAAAGUUGAAGGAGCACUUUGGUAAGGUAAGAAAUAAUCAGUGAGUUCAGAUGACUUUGUGAGACGAUCAGAGAUAAGAAUGGUGAGCUUGAGAAGGCGCAGACUUUUGGGAUUAUGCUCAGGAAGCAGUUCCUUUGUUGCACCCCUCCCUCUAUAUUGUGAGAAUAUAACUGCUACUGAAAAUUCAACCCGUGAUGCUCGACUGAAGACAGAACAGCCUGCGCUUUCAGAUAAUGCAAGCAUGCUGGACAGUAAUAACAUUGUCAAAGAAGAACCAGGAUCAUCAAAUGUAUCUGGUUCUAGUUCAUCAAAAGAUCAGCCUAGUCAGCAAAUUUCAGCAGGGCCUCCUGUUAAACGCAGAAAGCGGCACAGAAGAAAGAAUUUGCACAAUCAAGAGCCAUGCUUAAUGAGAGGGGUCUAUUUCAAAAAUAUGAAAUGGCAAGCAGCAAUAAAAGUAGACAAGAAACAGAUUCAUCUAGGUACUGUUGGGUCUCAAGAAGAAGCUGCUCACUUAUACGAUAGGGCUGCUUUCAUGUGUGGGAGAGAACCCAAUUUCGAGCUUCCUGAAGAAGAAAAGCGGGAGCUUCGUAAAUUCAAAUGGGAAGAGUUUUUGGCGCUGACUCGGCAGGCAAUUACACGUAAAAAGCACAAGCGAAGGCUUGGUUCAGGACCCAGCGAUAAUGUCGACCUGUCUAAUUCGAACAAAGACGAUUCGGAUAACAAGCAAGGCGUCAGUAGCUUGUCUGCUUGUGAAGAAGACGCAGAGCAAGAAACAUCACUCUCUUGAUUUCUUAAGUAUAGUGAUUCAAUAAUUAAGUGAAGAUGAAGACAUAUUCUAACAUUCCAGUUCUACGUCAUAAAUUCAUUCUUAUUGUAGAAAUUACCAGCAUUAUGUCAUACCUUGAUACCAUUGUUUAUCCUUAUACAUAUGGAAAUUGCUAUAACAUUCACCAAUAAAAGUCACGUAUCAAUUGCGUUUCCUAUUUA